UUCGCCGCCUCCCCUGGCCCGAGGCGCCCCGGACCACCCCCGCUCCUCCUGGGCGCCGCCCCUGCCGCGGUGGCUGGGUUAGAGGAAACCAGAUCCUAUGGCUCUUCUUGCUGCCUUUCAGACAGCAUUCAUUUUCACAUUGUUGCCAUUGAGACCGUAUCAGAAUCAAGUCUUGUCUGAAACUUUACUCUUGAAUCCUGAAUCACUGAAUAUUUCUAUCAAUUAUUCACAUCAACGUUUGCAUUUACAAUGGAGUGUCCACAACCGCAAUCAUUAUCAAUUAAAUCAAUUAAAAAUGGUUUUUCAGAUACAGAUCAGUAGAAUUAAUACAUCCAAUACCAUCUGGGUGGAGAAUUAUACCUCUACUGUGAAGUGGAAUCAAGUUCUACAUUGGAGUUGGGAAUCUGAGCUCCCCUUGCAAUGUGCAGCCCACUUUGUAAGAAUAAGGAGUAUAGUGGAGGUGGAUGAUGCCACAAUCCCCAGACAGAUGUCCUGGAGCAAUUGGAGUUCCUGGGAGAAAGUAGAAGGACAGAAUCCCCCUGGACAUGAACAAUUGGUGAUUUUCCCUAAAGACAGGACAGUGGAAGAAGGCUCCAAUGUCACAUUUUGCUACAUUUCUAGAAGCCACCAAGAGAACAUAUCAUGUCAUUUGGAGGGAACAUGGAUACAUGGAGAACAACUUGAUCCAAAUGUAACUGUGUUCACCCUGAAUAAUGUGCCUUUCAUUAGAAACACAGGGACAAAUUUCUUUUGUAAGGGGGAAGACGAUGAUAUUUUGGAUGGCACCGUUCUCUUUGUUGCAAAAGUGCUUGAGGAACCCAAGGACUUUUCUUGUGAAACCCAGAAUUUCAAAACUUUGAACUGUACUUGGGAUGCUGGAACCGACACUGCCUUGCAUAACAUGCCUUCCCAGAGCUACACUUUAUUUGAAUCAAUUUCCGGGAAUAAGAAACUUUGUGUACACAAAAACUGGUGUAAUUGGCAAGUAACUCAAGACUCACAAGAAAUGUAUAACUUCACACUCCUGGCCAGAAACCUCUUAAGACAGAGAAGUGUCAAUAUUGCUUUUAACCUGGCUCAUCGAGUUCAUCCCAAGUCUCCCUUUGAUUUAUUCAUUAAAAACAACAGUGCCACAAAAGCCACCGUGACCUGGAAGGUGCACUCCAUUGGGAAUUAUUCCACACUCUUGUGUCAGGUCGAACUCUGCGACAAAGGAGAAGUGAUACAUAGGCACAAUGUUUCUGUGAAGGUUAAUGGCAAAUAUGUCUUAUGUGACCUGGAUCCCGACACAGAGUAUAUGGCCCGAGUACACUGUGCUGAUGCCAACCACUUCUGGAAAUGGAGCAAGUCGAUUAGUCAAAAUUUCACCACACUUGAAGCUGCCCCCUCGAAGGCUCCUGAUGUCUGGAGAAGGGUGAAAUCAAAGCCAGGACAGCACGAGGUGACUUUAUUCUGGAAGCCAUUCUCAAAAUUGCACGCCAAUGGGAAGAUUCUAUUCUACAAUAUAAUUAUAGAAAAUCUGGACAAAUCAUGUGAACUACCACCCCUCUCCAUUCCUGCUUCGGCCAGUAACGAAACAUUAACCCUCGACCUGUCUUCUUACCGAUUCAACAUCACAGCUAAUAACAGUGUGGGCAUGUCUCCUGCUUCAGUCAUUGUCAUUUCUGGAGACCCUGAAAACAAAGAUGUGGAAGAAGAGAGAGUUAACGGUACAGAGGAAGGAAUCUCUUUGUCCUGGAAGCCCCCGUCUGGAGAUGUGCUGGGCUACGUUGUGGAAUGGCACGCGUGUCCCUGGCACCUGGGCUGUGAUCCCCAGUGGAAAAACCUGGGCCCUAAUACCACACACACAGUCAUCAGCUCAGAUGCUUUUAGACCAGGGGUCCGAUACAAGUUUAAAAUUUAUGGAAUUUCUACAAAAAAGCCUGCUUAUUUAUUAGAGAAAAAAACUGGAUACUCCCAGGAACUGGAUGGUACAGAUUGUUGCAAAUACAAAAUCAGCAACCCGGAACAAAAGACAUUGACCGUGAAACACCUGCAGCCGGAAUCCGCCUAUCAGUUUCUUGUCACCCCAUUCACAAGUGUUGGCGACGGUCCUGAUGUCCUUUUCACAGAGGUCACAACUCCGGACAAUCACUCCCAUAUACUGCUCAUAUACAUAUUCCUCAUGAUUUUCGGGGUUGUGGUGAUCAUCAUCGUAUGCUCCCUGAAAAGCCAGUGGAUGAAGGAGAAGUGCUAUCCUGACAUUCCAGAUCCUAACAAGAGCAGUGUCCUGUCAUUAAUAAAAUCCAAGGAGAAUCCUCAUCUAACAAUAAUGAAGGUCAACGACUGCAUUCCAGAUGCUAUUGAAGUUAUAAACAAGCCAGAAGAGAGUAAGACCCAGUGCUUAGGCACGAAGAAGUCACUCACAGAACCCGGACCUUCUACGCCUGCUUACCUUUACCUCCUCCCAGCAGAGAACUCCUCCUCGGGACCUGGACCGUGUGUCUGUUUUGAGAAUUUUACCUAUAACCAGGCAGCUUCUAACUCCAGUUCUUGUAACCAUGUCCCAGUAUCCCAUAGAGCCCCACCAAAUCAGCUGGAACUACUGACUGCACCUGAACAUUUACUAAAGAUGCUAGAAAAAAACUACAUGAACUCCCUGGGAGAAACCCCUGCUGGAGAAACUAGUUUGAAUUAUGUGUCCCAGUUGGCUUCACUCCUCUCUGGAGACAAGGAUAAUCCCGCCACAAACCCCCCAGUGCCAGCACUAUGUUCAGAGUAUAAAACACAAAUGGCCAUACCUUUGGGUCUUUCCCCUCCUUAGACAGAGACUAACAGUGCUCCCUCCAUUUCCCUUCCAUAUCAAGGUGAACACUACUGCUGACCAACAUCCUCAUUUCAUACCAAUGCUACACAGACACCAUGGGACGCAUGGCUGACACCAUUCCAUCAUCACUAGACACCUUGGUGCUUAUUUCCAGUGAGUUGUCACGGUUUGCAGGUCUCACUUACCUAGAACUGCCACAUCUUGCUAGCUUUCCAGGUCCAAAAGCCAUGAAACCAAAGUUCUUCCUCGGAGCAGACUUGCUGUUGAAAUGGCAGGGUUGUGGGAACAGGCUUGCUUUGCUGCUGUGUGUUCCAGGCCCUGGCACUUGACAUAGGCAGAGACGCUGUCCACUCUGUACUGGACAGGACAGGGUGAGCGUGGGUCUAAAAAUUCACUUUCCCCUGAGUAACUAUUCCCAUUAAAUUUCACCCCCGUGUUCAAGGUAAAAGGAACUAGAUUUAAUAAUCACGGCCACAAACUUGUAAGUAGAUCAUCAGUUGUCACUGCUCAUUUCCUCUGGAUGUUUAUGAGCAGGUCACAGAUGCCUGAAAUGGAAGCCGAUUUUAGACUUGCCUAGAAGUAAUAAAAAUUUGUAGUUCAUUGAUGCAGUAAAAUUCUCUCUUCUGGGGUCAUAGAUCUUUUCCAGUAGGUAAGAAGCGAGUAAAUCCUAAGAUUCCAGCUCACCACUGUUAAGAGUGGGACUGGCAAGACCUCCGCCUUAGCGUCAAGACAGUAACACUCCUCUGUAAACACCAGUCUUCUAGCAUUUCUUUUUACAACUACCUCAGAAUAGAAAAGGGAAAAUAUAUCAUUAAACAAUUCCUUUCACAUUUCAUGUUCCCUCUUUUUUUCCCAGAACAACAAUGGCAUGUUUUCAUUUAGCAUCCUUAGAACUUUGAAGGAGGUUUUCUAGGUCAAGCAUCCUCCUUAUAAUCUCAUUAAUAACCCUGGUAUGCUAAUAUAAUGAAGCCUCAUUGUUGGACAUCAUUUAGACUUAACUGUAAAAAGUUACAUGGAGUGGGAGAGGACAGUACAUACCAAGCACCGGGUACUCAACUGUGCUGCUACAUGUUAGUUCCUUUCUCUUCCUUCUGCCCAUCAUCCUUAAUGUUAUUUACGACAUUUCUAAACCAGUACAAUAAGGGUUCCUUUUUGUUUGCUGACUCCUGUCAGUGUUGUGGAAAUGACUGUGCCUCUAGUAUUAACUGCCAGAGAGAGAGAGGCAAGAAGAGAGCGGAGAAUGAGAAGAGAGUAGGGGGGUGGGAGGAGAUUGUAGAGAGAGAAGCUGGGAGAGGAGAAGAGGGUCUCUAUGAUUAGAGACCUAAUCAUACCUAUACAAAACAGAACUUCUGUUCCGGUAUUUCAAUUUUUCCCCUGUGUCUAAACCUUUUGCUGAAAAAUUGAUUUAGGUACCCCUAAUAUAGUACAAAUGAGUCUCUUGAUUAUCAGUUUCAAGAAGACUUUAAGGCCAGUAUUGUCAUUUACCCUCUUUAUGUUCCUUUGUAAUAAUGCAAUUAUAAAUGGACAAGAAAUAUCAAUAUUGUUGUAAAUAGUAUCUUAGAUUUUCUGUAAAAUGUAAUCCACAAAAUCUUGGAAGUUAUUUUUGUUGCAACAAAACUUAAUUGAAAUAUUUCACCAUUGCAUUGUUUCUUUAUGAACUGAAGAUUUAAUAAUUAGUAUUCUGACAAAUCACCUCCUGAGUUUACUAAAAAUGUAUAUUCCUGGGUACCACUAAAACCUCCUACCAGGGUACCUAUUAAAACCACCUAAUCAGAAUCACUGUGAAACAAGAAUCUACUUAUUUUCUGGAAUCUAUUUUCUUGGCUCUCAGGCAUUCAGAUGCACACUCAACUUUGAGACUUACUGCCUAAGUCAAAUGAGGACAACUUCCUGAAAUAUACCAAGAGAAAAUGUUGGGCUAUAUCACUUUGUGUCUACAAUAUCAUUGUGACUGUGUCUUGGCUAUAAAUAUUCUUCUAUGUUCAUAAUAAAUAAAUUAGUAUUUGAAACCUUAAUUUUCAAGACUAUAUGCCCCUUAACAGCAUUGUUUAAGAAGUGUUAUUCAGUGACUUUAAAAUUUGCUUUUGUGUCAGAGUAGGAUAAAACAGAGUUUCAAAAUGCAUGAACAUGGAGUAACAAGUGCCUAUAAACUAGCAUUAGCUCUAAUAGCCACUAAGCCAUACCCUUAGCCACUCUCCCUCCUGAUAUUAUUUUGAAGUUAAGUCACAUAAUUUAAUCUGUAAAUACACGUUUCGCUAAAUUGUCUCUACUUUUUCUAAUAUAGUUAGUCAUAAUACCUUUUUAAAGAAUCAUACCUAAAAUCAAAUCAGUAAUCCCUCAGAAAUUAUCAGGCUGUUUUGCUAGUGGGCAGUUGUCAUUGACAUGUAAGUACCAUGUAAGCCUGGAGCCCUCUUCAGUUGCAUUCCGGGUACUGCAACUGGGACUUACACAACAGAGCUGCUGACUGGUUGAAAGUGCUCGCUGACAUUCCCACACCGAACUCUUUAAUUGUAGGGGAGCUGACGUCCACAGAAUGUGUAUUUUAAAAAAUGAAUACUAGACAAUAUAAAAUAUUUCUUCUAAAAGCCCUGUGAAAAGAUAAUCUGGCUUUCAUCUCAUCUACAAAACAUUAAACAUUUGACAUAAAGCAGAACUUUUAAAACCCUGAGAUAAACAAUAGAAGUUGGAAAGCCUUCAGAAUUAGUAAACUGGUAUUUACCACACAUCAAAACAUAUUCAAUUUAAAUUGAGUAUAAAUCCAAAUCACACUCAAAUGUAGUUGUCUUAGUCCUCUAAGAUAAGCAUUUUUAAAAAGCUCUAGUAUAUAUAUGUAUUUUUAAAAUCAAUUAAAAGGAAGUUGAGUCUGAGUCUCUCUCCACAAAAUUUGCACAUUGAAAUCUCAGGACCCAAAGAUAUUAGGAUGUGGCGGAUUUUCGGGAGUGAUUAGGUCAUGAGACUAGAGCACACAUAUACAGGAUCAAUGCUCUUAUAAAGACAGCUCAAGAGCCUCCCUAAUCCAGACAAGCACACAUAAGUCUGGGGCUGGGAAACGGGUCCUCACCUGACCACACUGGUGCUCAGAUCUUGAACUUCCAGACUACAGAACUGUUAAGAAAUAAAUUCCUGCUUUCACUAAGAUACCUGUCUGUGGUACUUUGCUAUAGUAGUCCAAACGGACUAAGGUAAUACUCUUUUCUUAGCAUUUUUACAUACAAAAGUUUUUAAAAAUGACACAAUUUUUCAAGUUCAGCUGUAUUAUCACUCUUUUCAAAGAUCAGCUGUAUGAUGAUGAAGUAUGCUCUUUAUUUUAAAGCCAACUAUGUUUUUGAAUGUAUUGUUGAAUGGCAUCUAGAAGUGGAACACAAUGAAAAGUAUUACACAGAAAUGUAUUUAAGACCAAAUUAUCCAAAAUAAA